AGUCAUGCACGUAGCUAUCUUGAAGUUUACGUAAGGUCCUUAGAUGUAACGUCCUUUUGUAAAGAAACGUGAAGUUGUAAACAAUACAGAGGAAAUUUAUAUUGUGGAGAACACGAGCGUGCAAAACGAGCACAAAAUUCCAUAUCGCGGCCAUGUGAUUCUCUAAAGAUUUCUGCAACUCCAGUCUCAUACGCCAUACUGUCGUGCCUGUGUAAUGUAGGCCGGUGUUGGACCGCGGAGCUGACCGACUGACGGAGCGAAGGUGAGUGCUGGACUCAGCGCUAGUCUGGGCUGCAGCAGCGUCCAGUGCAGGGGGUUCUAUCCAGGAAAUGCAGUCUGUCCUCAGGCUCGCUGCAGUGGCGGUCCCUAUGGGUUUGCUGCUAUCUAGAACAAUGGCAUGGAUAUCUAGUGGCAAAACACAUCCAGAGCUUAUAAGCCGUUUGCGAGAACAUGGAGUUAUCCGUAGUGAUCGAGUGUUUGAAGCCAUGCUUGCCACUGAUCGAGGAAUUUAUUCCAAAGACUACCCAUAUGCAGAUUCUCCUCAGUACAUAGGUUACAAGGCCACCAUCAGUGCUCCUCAUAUGCAUGCACAUGCAUUGGAGAUUCUCAGUGACAAGCUAACUGAAGGGGCGUCAGCGCUGGAUGUUGGCUCAGGGAGUGGUUAUCUCACUGCUUGCUUUGCAAGAAUGGUAGGACCCACUGGAAAAGUGGUGGGAAUCGAGCACAUAGAUGAACUAGUGCAAACCUCAGUGAAAAACGUCCAAGCUGACGAUCCAGAACUGCUGACCUCUGGGCGGAUCAAGUUAGUGGUGGGUGAUGGCCGGUUAGGUUAUCCAGAUGGGGCUCCUUACGAUGCCAUUCAUGUUGGGGCAGCAGCACCAACGAUCCCCAAAGCGCUUCUGGAACAGCUGAAACCAGGUGGAAGACUUGUUCUGCCUGUAGGUCCAGAGGGUGGAAACCAAGUUUUGGAGCAGUAUGAUCGCCAGAGUGAUGGCACCUUUCUUAAGAAAGCUCUCAUGGGUGUGGUCUACGUUCCACUGACAGACAGACACCACCAGUGGCCAGGCGGUGAACUCUGAUUGCAGUGUGGUUACCCUGCAGGAGGUGGCUCUGGUGUUGCAGUGCAGCGAACACUUAGGAAGAGUGCGGGCCUCUCCUCUCCUCUUCUCCUCUCAACCUGCUGCUUAGCAACACACCUGCCAGCCCUGUACAGCCUGUCCUGCCAUCCUGUUUACUGACUAAAAACAGAACUUCGCAGUCAACCAUUGAUGGAUGUUCCCAAAACUGUUCUUAAUUGAUAUCUAACUGAUUUUGUUCUACAGUCUUUAUAAACUGGGUGAUGGAAGACACUUUCCUAAGCUAAUCAUUGACAAGAAUUAUCUAGAGAAUUAACCCAUUAAAGACUGUAUUAGAAGUGUUACAUUUCCUUUGGUCUCUAUGUUCUUUUGUCUGAGCACAAAUCCCGAACUCUAUCAGCUACACUGGCUUUCUGUCUCACAGUGAAUGAGGCACUUCAGCUUCUCAAGUGUAAAGCUCUACACAGCCCUGCCCCACUUUAUCUCUCUGAGCUCCUGCAGCCUUACACACCAUCUUGCAUUCCCAGGUCCACUAGCACUGGUCUACUGAAGCUCCCUAAGACCAAACUGACUGAUCAGUGUGGGGUAGAAUAUUUGAUUCUGAGACUCACAGACUUUGGAAUUCCUUCCUUCAACACCUCUGUUCUUUCAUGUUAUCAGAUUAAACUUUCCUUUUCACUCAG